UCGAAACGUUCGUACCGUUCCGCGUUCUCCAAGACAGCCGAAGCAUGGAUCGCGCGCUGUCGAAAGUUCUGAUCGUGACCCUGGCCUUCUUGGCGCGGCAAGGGAAAGUGCUUGGCGAAAAGCAGAUCACUUACCCAGAAGUUCGAAGCGAUCUGCAAAAGUACCAGGAUGUCAGCAAGUGCUACCCGGAUGUUGGAGAAUGGAUCUGCUUGUUCAGGAACUAUUACGAAGAUCCAGAUUUCGGAGGCAAUGCCAACUGCCUCAGUUUUAAGAGAUUCGGUGCUUACCAAAAUUUCACCACGAACGUCGUGUUUACUUUCGGGGAGCACGGAAAAGCGAACACCACCGGCAAAUUCCAGUUGACAUCAUCGCCGUGUUACCAAGGAAGAGACAUACAAAGCUUCACUCCCGACAGUCCUGACGUUCCGCUGGAAGACUUCUAUGUGAUUUAUGUGGACUGCGCAAGUUGUGUAGUAAUUCGUCACCGCUACGCUAACGAUGGCUACGGAUGUUCCUUGUGGCGACGCAAGGCACUCUCAGUGAACCGAACGAUUGCUGCGAGUUCAUCUACGACGAGAACUGUGGCUCAACGCCGAAGUACUCGAUCUACGAGCAGUCGUGCGAUUUCUAGCUGACCAUGCGGUAGGCCUUCAACCAUAAGUAUAGCUCAAUGACGCGUGGUAAAUCCUUAGAUUAGUAAAUACACGAAGAAACGAAUGAAUACAAGGGAGGUUAGGCGCAUGUUACUACAGUCUAUCUGGUCACUCUGUACUGGCGAAAGGAGGCAGCGGAAGUAAUGAUACUGUGAUGUUCUACCAAAUAUAAUGAAUGGAUAAAUAAAUAAAUAAAUA